AUGUUGGCAAUUUCAACAUCUUCAAUCUUCUUUAGCUUGCCAAUGAUUUCAAGUGCAAGCAGUUCCUUGUGUCUUGGAGAUUUGCAGUGGCGCCUAUUUUACACAUCGAUACCUCUAAUCGUUGUUGGAGUUGCUGGCCAAUUAAGCUCCUUAGACGCAUUCUUGCUUCAACAAAUACCAUUGAUUAGAUCUGCAAAGGAUCAACAGCAACUGAUCAACCAGAUGCCUCAAAUAAUGUUUGGCAUAAUUUGCUUGGUGGUUGCUACUCUUCAGUUUUUCUUGAGAUCAUCUUCUUACAUUCGUGUCAAACCAUCUGGAAGUCGAAUCACAAGCUUGUUUAGAGUUAUUAUGGAGGCCUGUAUAAAGAUUCAACUUUCGUGCCCACAGGAUCCUAGGGAGCUCUACAAGAAGUAUGACCUUGGAAACGAUCAGGAGCUACUGCCUCACACAAACCAUCUCAGGUUUCUAGACAAAGCAGCCAUCCUAACUCGAUCACAAACUAUUAAGGAACAAGAGAACCAGAAAUGGAGGUUUGCAGGAUCACUAAAGUGGAAUAAACUAAACUAUUCUUCACAAUGA